GACGUUAAUCGAUUCUUUCUUUUUCCCUCGAACAAACCCCAAAAAUCUCAAAGAAAACACCUCUAAACCCUAAACCCAGAAAUUGACUAAGCUUCCCAUGGAUGUAAUCACUGAUAUCUUCAAUCGUCUCCCGGUGAAGUCCCUGGUGCGUUUCAAGGCCUUGUCGAAGGCAUGCAGCUCUUUAAUCGACGACCCUGAUUUCAUCAAGGACCAUCUGAGCCGUUCCAUCAAGACCAGAUCGAAUCUCAACAUCAUCCUCAAAGGUUUGCAUCUCUAUUCCGUGGAAUUCGAUUACCUGGAUAACGCCGUUCCGCUGGAUUACCCUUUGAGUAGCGGAGCUAGGACUGAAGUGUUUGGUUCGUGUAACGGAAUCCUCACAUUCAGUCUCAGCGAUAAAAAUCUCGCCUACUAUAAUCCGUCCACGCGGCAGUUUCGUCGACUGCCCGUUUCGGAAAUCGAUCCUCCGUCAGGUGAAUCGUGUAAAUCUGGGUAUAUUUUUUAUGGGUUCGGGCUAGAUGUUAAAACUAACGAUUACAAGGUCCUGAGAAUGGCGACGUUCAAUAAAACUGACGAUGAAGAGAACGAAAGUUAUUAUUUCGAUUACGAGGUUAAGGUUUAUAGUUUAAAGAAUAACUCUUGGAGUAAAAUCACUAAGCUUCCUUUUUAUCUUCGGUUUAUGUUCCAAUUUUUCUACCAUCUCUUGCAUAGACGAGGCUAUGGUGUGCUGGCCGGUGGGGUUUUACAUUGGGUGAUGCCUCCAAGGAUCGAAUUCGGAAUGAGGAAUACGAUUGUUGGUUUCGAUCUCGGAACAGAAGAGUUCAUCGAAGUGCCUCAACCUAAUUGCGCUGAUAAGAGCUAUCUGUUGGAUGUGGGUGUCUUGGAGGGACGCCUAUGUGCCGUUUGUAAUUAUGACCAAGAGAAGAUUGAUGUUUGGCUUAUGAAAGAAUAUGGGGUGAAAGAAUCUUGGACUCUGCUGCUUUCUGUUCAAAGAAGUAGAACCAUUAACACCCUAGCGUUUCUUAAACCGUUAGCUUAUUCCAAGGAUCUUGAUAAGGUUCUGUUCGAGAUUAAUAGCCAAAAGCUUGUCUGGUAUGAUCUACAAAAGAAGAAGAUGCGAAGUGUGAAGAUCGGUGGUAGUCCGGGUUCAUUUGGUGCUGAGGUUUAUAUAGGAAGCCUCAUUCAAAUCGAUGACCCAAAAAGGAUGCAAAUUGAGAAGCAAAACGAACUAGAGAAACGGAAGAACGAAAGUUGUAAGAAGAGGGAUGAUUUCCUUUCAAAAGGAUUCAAAUUGGUCUUAUAAUCAAAAUGAGGAAAAUAUGCAGUAUGAGCAAAGUUCGGACGAAGUUAAAUGGCGUCUUAUCUAUGAAGCUUCACACUAAGAAACGAAAUAGAUUGGCACAAUCUAGAUUGAAUGACAUGGUGUUUGUGAAAUUCAAUCAUGCCUUGGAGCGCCGAGCUAAAAGUAAGGAGACCGAUCCCAUUCUUUUGCAAGAUAUUGAUGAGAGCAAUGAGUGGUUGAUGGGAAGAAUGGAAGAAGAUGAAGAUGAUGAUGAGGCGGUGUUUGUUGGUGAGGAUUUGACAUAGAGUGAUGUUGCUAACGCUUCCGGUGCAUAUGAGCCUAGUUAUCUAACUAGAGCAUCAAAAGUAGUGAAUGAUGGAGCCGGACCAUCGAGAAAGGUAAAUCUCCUUCUCAUAAUCCUAUCUCUAGUAGACCAUCUCGUAGAUGCUUAGUUGAUGAAGAUGAGAUGGAAGAAGAUAUUGGAGUGUAUAGUGAUGAAGGAGAUGGUGUUGUCCGAGUUGAUGACGAUGACGAUUUAGAGGAUUUUUAGUUAUAAGGAAUUGAGGGUUUAGAAAAAUACUUUUGUUCAUCUCACUUUAGACUACUUUUAGUGUAGACCAUCUUUUGAGAUUAGUAUGCUCGUAUAGUCGUAUGGUUAAUCGUAUAU